AUGGCGCGCGACAAGAAGCGUCAGAAGAUCGCUCGCGAUAUCACGGCCGCCCACGCACCCUCACAGAAAAUCGACCGCGAAACCACCGCCGCCUACGCCGCCUCCCAGCCACUCUUUGACGCUCUUCGCAAUGGAGCUGCAAACGUCGACGCCCAGCGCGACAAUCUCGCAAAAGCCCGUGAUUUAGUGCAGCAAGUGCACGUCAAAAUUGCUACGGAAGAUGUGCCGAGCCACGAGCAGUACAUGGAGAACAUCGUCGAGGCAUGGCAGUCGGCCACGACGAUAUUCUGCCAGGUUUUCUCCGAGUUGACAAGCAUUACCGCUGCGGAGCCGAGCGAGGGAAGAGAAGCGGGAAAGGCGCACGGGCAAUUCAUGAGCAUGCUUGACACCGCGCAGACGGCCAGGGACGUUGCGAUUGCGUAUGCACCAGGAAGCGCAAACAGCGAAGGUGCGGGAAAGGCUGCAACGGUGGAGAGUGAUGAUGAGAGUGAGGAAGAGGAGGUCGUGAGUUCUCCAACGAAGGCCAAGCCGGACACCAAGACUUCCACGACCGCUCUGCCCAAGGGCAAGGCGAAGAGGACGUUCGAGCAGCUCAACACCGAUGCGCUUCCGCCCACACCAGCCACGGAUGGCAACAAGUUGUCGCGAUCGGACCGUAGACAAUCUUGGAAGAAGGCCGAACUAGCAAAAAAGAACACGAAGGAACCACAACCGGAGGACAACACCGACGGGCAAGCGGCUCACAAGCCUGCGCCGGAAGUGACAAGCAACCCACAGCCCGCAGUCAAGUUCGAGGAUUUCUCCCAUCUGGUUGAAGCACGCAUCAAGAGCAAGUUACAGCCCGCAGUCGAGUUCGAGGAUGUCUCCCACUUGGUGGAAGCACGCAUCAAGGCCAAAGCAGAGAAGGCUGCUGAGAAGAAGAAGAGCAAGCUGAAGACGGAAAAGAAGCGGAAGAGGGAGAGCGGCGACUCGUUUGCUGCAAUGGCAGAGGAGAAGGUCCAUGAGCCCAUCAAGACGGAGCUUACUGUGGAGAAGCCGAAGAGAAAGAAGUCGAAGAAAGUGGCUCCCGAAGUUGAUGACAUACUCAAGAGUGCCGAUGCCGACAAGGUGAAGCACAAGGAGAAGACUGCGGACAGGAAGGCGGAUGUCAAGCAUGAGAAACACGCGGCGCCCAAGGACAAGCCCGAGAAGCGCAAGACAGACGUCGAGCAGGUGGAGGAAGGCGAGAAGCCGGCGGGCAAGAAGCGCAAGAAGAACAAGGGUUAG